UCAGCGACGCUCGCUUCGAGGACACGAAGAAGUGGGCGGAUGCGGACGAGGAGGUGGCGAAGCGACUUGCAAUUGUGCGGGAAAUGUCCGAUUUGAAGUGCUACAACGAGGUUUGCUCAUCGAAGGCGCAAAACGAUAAGAUGCAUAUUCGACGUUGCGAGUGUUACGAAGUCUUCUACUGUUCCCAAGCGUGUCAACGGCAACACUAGGCCCAACAUCGAGCAUUUUGUACGGCUCGCAAGAAGGAGCAGACAUUUUCGGCUGGCGUAGUUGUCAGGGAUGAUAUCUCCUUCGUCACGCCCAGAGACAUGUACUUCGUUCGAAGGAUCAUUUUGAACUACCUCGACGAGCAUGGGGCGACGCUCUUGCAAGAAUUUGAGAAGGCCUUGCACGAGGACCCCUCGAGCCACCAGAUCAGCCUUGGACUCUACUUCGUCGACACCAUCGUGCCCACUACCACAGUCAAAUGCGCGAACUAUUUCGACCUCCCAGAGGACGUGCUGCAGGACGACAUUCUCAUUCACGUCAGCGUCUGGAUGACGGCGGCGCUCGACAUCGACACGACCAGUGCUGUCAUUCGAUUGAUGCUCCUCAAGCUCUCGGACCUGCGCCUUGCAGUAGAGCACAAGCGCAGCUUGGCAGCACUGGAAGUCCUGUGCUUGUAG